AAAAAAAAACAAGUGUUAGUUUGAGGCUUUCAGCUACUGAACUCUUAAACCCUAGUUUCUUAACACACCACAACCCCUCCAAUCCCAUGGCUCUGCUUUCCAAUUCCAAGCUUCUCCGAUGGACACCCACUCUCCAUCCAAACCCUCUCUCCGCCUUCUCCACCGCCGAAGCUCUCUCCGAAACCGACCACCCCUCUCCGCUCUCCCCGCAGCCCCAACCCCCACCAAUCAUUCCCCCUCGCGAGAACAAUCUCGAACUCACCAUCUGCAAGAUGAUGUCCAACCGCGCAUGGACCACGCGCCUCCAAAACUCGAUCCGCUCCCUCGUCCCGGAAUUCGACCCCUCCCUCGUCUACAACGUCCUCCACGGCGCCGCCUCGCCGGAACACGCGCUUCAGUUCUACCGCUGGGUCGAGCGCGCCGGCCUCUUCACCCACACCCCGGAAACCACCCUCAAGAUCGUCCAAAUCCUCGGUCGAUACUCCAAGCUCAACCACGCUCGCUGCAUCCUCUUCGACGACACUCGCGGCGGCGCGUCACGCGCCACCGUCACCGAGGACGCCUUCGUCUCCCUCAUCGAAAGCUACGGCCGCGCCGGGAUCGUGCAGGAGUCCGUCAAGCUUUUCAAGAAAAUGAAGGAGCUCGGCGUGGACCGCACCGUGAAAUCCUACGACGCGCUUUUCAAGGUCAUUCUCCGACGCGGACGCUACAUGAUGGCGAAGAGGUACUAUAAUGCCAUGUUGAAUGAGAGCGUGGAGCCCACGCGCCACACUUAUAACAUUCUGCUUUGGGGUAUGUUUCUGUCGUUGAGAUUGGACACUGCUGUUAGGUUUUACGAGGAUAUGAAGAGUAGGGGCAUUUUGCCUGAUGUUGUGACUUAUAACACUUUGAUUAAUGGUUAUUUUCGGUUUAAGAAGGUGGAGGAGGCUGAAAAGUUGUUUGUGGAGAUGAAGGGGAGGGAUAUUGUUCCCAAUGUGAUUAGUUUCACCACCAUGUUGAAGGGGUAUGUUGCGGCGGGGCAGAUUGAUGAUGCUUUGAAGGUUUUUGAGGAGAUGAAGGGCUGUGGGGUUAAGCCGAAUGCGGUGACUUUCUCCACACUGUUGCCGGGGCUGUGUGACGCCGAGAAGAUGGCGGAGGCGAGGGAUGUGUUAGGGGAGAUGGUGGAGAGGUACAUUGCACCAAAGGAUAAUGCUGUGUUUAUGAAGUUGAUGAGUUACCAGUGUAAGGCUGGGGACUUGGAUGCGGCUGGGGAUGUGCUGAAGGCGAUGAUUAGGCUGAGCAUUCCGACCGAGGCUGGGCACUAUGGGGUGCUGAUUGAGAAUUUUUGCAAGGCAAAUUUGUAUGACAAGGCGGAGAAGUUGUUGGACAAGAUGAUUGAGAAGGAGAUUGUGUUGCGGCAGAAGAAUGCUUAUGAGACAGAGCUUUUUGAGAUGGAGCCUAGUGCUUAUAAUUUGAUGAUUGGGUAUUUGUGUGAGCAUGGGCGGACUGGUAAGGCAGAGACUUUUUUCCGCCAGUUGAUGAAAAAGGGUGUGCAGGAUUCGGUUUCUUUUAAUAAUUUGAUAUGUGGGCACUCGAAGGAAGGCAACCCUGAUUCUGCCAUUGAGAUUAUAAAGAUCAUGGGGAGGAGAGGGGUUGCUAGAGAUGCGGAUUCCUACAGGUUGCUUAUUGAGAGUUACUUGAGAAAAGGGGAGCCGGCUGAUGCUAAAACAGCUUUGGACGGCAUGCUUGAGAGUGGGCAUCUACCGGAAUCAUCGCUUUAUAGGUCAGUUAUGGAGAGUUUGUUUGAUGAUGGCAGGGUUCAAACUGCUAGCAGAGUAAUGAAGAGUAUGGUGGAGAAGGGGGUGAAGGAGAAUACGGACUUGGUUUCGAAGGUAUUGGAGGCCCUUCUCAUGAGGGGUCAUGUGGAAGAAGCUCUGGGACGAAUUCAUUUGCUUAUGCUUAAUGGGUGUGAGCCUGAUUUUGACCAUCUUUUAUCUGUUCUUUGUGAGAAAGAAAAGACAAUUGCUGCUCUCAAACUGUUAGAUUUUGUUCUUGAAAGAGACUGUAUCAUAGAUUUUUCAAUCUAUGAUAAGGUUUUAGAUGCUCUCUUAGCAGCAGGGAAGACACUCAAUGCUUAUUCCAUUUUAUGUAAAAUUCUGGAGAAAGGAGGAUCAACAGAUUGGAGCAGCCGUGAUGAGCUGAUCAAGAGUCUUAAUCAGGAGGGGAACACAAAGCAAGCAGAUGUUUUGUCAAGAAUGAUCAAGGGAACAGAUGGAGGUCCUCCAAAGAGAGGAGGAAAGAGAAAAACUACUGUAUCCACAUAGUUUGUUCUCUCUUCAUUUUCUUGUGUUUUAGAGGUGAGACAGGUAUUACUCCUUGUUGUUUUGGUUUUGGUUGUAACAAGUUAUCUUAUGAGGAAGAGAAUUCAUGAAUUGUUCUUUAUUUCAAAUCCAAAUUUGCAACUCCUGUGCUGAGUCUUCUGACUGACUCCAACAUUCUUUUGGUUUUGGAUCAGAGAUUUGUUAUGACACUCAUCACUUGUUUUUUAUUUUACUUUUUUAAUAUUGUUAUCAGUCUACUCCUAUCAAGGUCUCCAUUUAUGUUUUUUAUAUUUAACUCAAUUCUUUCGAAUAAUGUAACAGUGAGAAGUUGGAACUGAACUGUAGUUUUCAAUCAAACUUUUCUCGACUUUACAGGAUUUUGAAUCUUUGGAUUUCUCUUUAAUUUUGCUUUUCAAAUCCUGUUUUGCCAUGUUGAAUACACCUGAUGCUGAAUCCAUCCCGUACCAAGAACUGCCAUCAUCAGUCUAUCCUGCUAAGUGCUGACAAUACAACCACCAGCCACCUGGCAUUAUAUCUGCUCUUUAGCCUAAGUCUUGUGCUGUGCUGGGCAUUUGCAGUGUUUGCUUGUUAUACUGACUGAGAUUCUAAGAUCUGCCACUUCCCAGAAUCAGCUAUGCCCUUGGAGAGCAAGAUGGGAUUCAUUUUUUAGUCCUGCUUUCUACAGCUACUGGACUUCUGUUUUGCAGGUUCUAUAAACAAUGAAGUUGUUCUGCUCACAAGCUAAGAAAAUCUGGGUGCAGAGAUAAUUGCAUUUUCCCUAUUUUUUGAGAAAUUAGGUAUGUCUGAUCCCACAAGUUUCACGAUACCUUCUGAUCCUGUGAGGGAUUGCCGGGAAUCUUAAAAAUGCUGGAAUCGGUAGUCUUCCACAAGUUGGGCUUCUGCAACGAGCAUAGGUUGAACUGUGCAAUCGACAACCAUAGUGAAUACUGAAUAGUGUUUUACCUGAUUUGUGCUCAUUGUUUUCUAUCAAUCUCAAUCCUCUCUCAGUUUGUCAAUCUCUGUUCUUUGUUGUCUCUCACACAGGUGGUCCAAACCUCUCUGUUCUUUGUUGUUCUCAGUUGAAACUUACAUCGAUCCCUUACCUCAAAACAAAGUCACUAAACUGGAAUAAUUUCCGGUAAUUGCAUUCUCAGUAGAUGUCUAAAACCCAAAACAAGGGAUUCAAGUCAUCUUAUGCCAUUUGUAUUGAGAGGUUGCAGAAUGUUUGACGGUUGUGAAGAUAAUAAUGGCAUGGUAAAUUUACUUUGUGGA